AUGUUCGUCCGGUCUGUUAGUGAAGGGAUUUCGUCUCAAGUAGUUCAGAAGUGCAUCUUGAGGUCGUACGAGGAGGAACACCGUCUUGUGCAAGAGAAUGCCAGGCUUGCUUGCGAAGUUGAAGGGUUGAAGGCAAAUGUCCGAUCAGAAGAAGUUUGGAGAUGUCAAAUCAAAGACAUUCGAGAACGAAUGGCCCUCUACACGGAGGUCAUGGACGGUAAGUGCGAUGCUCUAGAGGAAGGCACACAAAGGCUUGGCUGUCAGCUGAGAUCGAUAUCCGACUGCCUGUCUGAGUUUAUGAGCCACUUCUCUUGGAUGCAGUUGGAAAACUAUCAGCUCAAGCAGGCUGCUGAAACGUCUCAGCUGAAGGUUGCGAGUCUUGAAGCUCGAGCGGUAGAAGCUGAAGAUCAACUCAGACAGGCGAUGAUGCAGCAGGAGGAGCGUCGCCUUAGCAACAUCGACGUGGAGGCUCUUGAAAGACAAGUAGAAGAGAAAGACGCCAACAUCGCCCGCCUGCUUCAUGCCUGCGAUACCAAAGACGCGCAACUCGCUUGGAUUGAAGCUGCAAGAGUGGCCGGGGCGCAGGAGCGUGAGGCUCUGGCACGGGCCGUGAAAGAGCUUGAACAUCAUCAGCUGGCGCACUCUAGGUUGGAGGAAAAGAGGAGGGAGCUAGAGGAGCGGGAGACGAGGCUCAACACUCAAGUCGCAGCGCUGAGCGAGGAGAACUCGCGACUGAGAGAUGAAGUGGCGGACAUGCAGCACGAGAAGCUCAAGGAAGAAAGACGAGGAGCCGAAGUGAGAGAGAAGCUGAUCCGAUCUGAACAACACCUCCAGGACAAAGAAAAGCAAGCAGAGGAGGCGAUGAGCGGUUGGGAAGAGGGACGAAGGCGGCAAGUUGAGUUACAGAUCCAAGGAGAGAAGAGAGAGGAGGAGUUACAGAGGCUGGCAGCAGAUCUAGAUGAGCAGAAGAGAAGAACACGCGAGCUUGAGUCCCUCUUGUCGACAUAUGAGAAGAAGGAGAAGACGCUUGAAGAGCGCUGUCAAGUCUCCCUUCGACUUCUCUCUGACCUCACCGAUAAGUUGAAAAAGACAGUGAGGGAAAAAGCGGAGCUGGAGGAGGCGCAGGGGAGCCUGGAGGAGAGGGUGGCGGAGGAAAGCUCUUCUCUCUUUGAGCAGCUGAGGCGAAGAGAAGGAGAGAUCCGAAGGAUCACUGACCAGCUGCUGGACCUGCAGGUCAAACUCCAACGAGCGCAGGAGGGCUACGACAAGCUGUCGGUGGUCUGCAAACUGAACGAUCAGAAGCUGCUGGAGAAGGAGGAGGCGAUGGUGGCGCUUGCCCUCAAGGCUGAACAUGCUCUCCUUGCCUCCGCCAAGUCUGAGAGCCUGGCAGCUGCUGAGCUGGCGAGCAGGAGGAGCGUCUCUCAACAAGUCGCGCGCCUCUCUAUGGCCCUCGAAGAAGCGACUGAAGCGAAGGAGGCGAGGCAACGAGAGGCGGAGGAGGAGCGCGAGCGAAGUCGCUUCUUGCUGCAUCAGCUGACUGAGAGCGACCUCGUCCGACAAGCCUACCAGCAGGAGAAGCUCCGACGUGAAGCAGCAGACACAGAGACGCGCGCGUGUCGAAAUGAGCUGACAAGGUUGCAAGAGAAGGUCGACGCCCUCAUAGCCGAUAAUCACAUGAUGGAAGCGACAAAAAAAGACCUUGCAGGUGCGAAGUCAAAGAUCGACGAAGUGGAGAAGAACAACAAGGAGAUGAGCGAAGCCUUGAGAAAGACUCGAGAGAGACUCGAGGCGACUGAGAAGAAGAUGAAGGAGGUGAAGGAUAUGAAGCAGAGGCGCGAAGAGGAGGUAACAAGGUUGCGGCAUCAACUGUUGACGUUUCAAGAAGCGGACAAGAACAGGAAGGAGGAGGUCCAAGAACAAUCUAACAAGGUACAGGAGCUUGCAAAGGCGACGGAGGAGAUGAAGUUAAGGCUGAAAGCAAGCGAGACAGCUCUGACCAAGGCGAAGGGAGAGAACUCAGCGUUGAUGAAGGAGUUGGAGGACAUAGGGAGGAGGAAGAAGGAGACGCAGAGCAAGUUGGAAGCAGAGCAGGCGAGGAGAAGGAAAGAAAUGUCAGCGAUGGAGAUUGAGAUGCAUAAGACUCAGCUGCGACUUGAACAUUCUUUGUUGCGGUCUAAAAUCAAAUCAAGCAAGUCGAUGACGUGA